GCAACGUUUUCUCAAAGCCGAGCCUCUGUCUCUGGGCCUGUGACCAGGGCAUCACUUCAAGUUGGUUGUUUUAGCUGUUCUGUUCUCUUGAUAGGAUGUGCACAGCAAUGAUUCUCCAGUUUAAGUGAGGGAGUACGAGCCAAGAUGAGUCUGACAGUGACAAUCCACGAGGGUGAACUUAGGCAGAUUAAGCAACAUGUUGUAGAAAAACGGAUUGAGAGCGGACAUCUGUUUGGUCUGUGGACUCAUUCAAAUCAGCCAGUCGUGCAGUAUAUCACUGGUAGUCUUAAGGACGAAGAUGAAGAAGAGUUGUUCAAACCCCAUGCUCUUCGACGCGUUGGGAUAUGGAGCACAAAAGAAUCUGGCGGUGUAAACCUAGGUGAAGGAAAGCCCUGCUUUGUAUAUAUGAAGGUUGGUGUGGACAACGAAACACUGGACGUGAAGCAAGUUUGUGUCGUUGAAAAGGAAGCUUCAUUGAAGGGAAUACUCGAGGUACUGCCGAAAGACAGCGCUUUCCGCCUCAGUAAUCCUUUCAGUGGAACACAAAAGAAAUAUCACAAUGAUCUGGUAACGGGCGAGUUUCGCUGGACUUCAACUUCAUCGCAACAGGCCGAAACAAAAAGAGAGCAAUGGUACUCGGUGAAAGAAGGCAUGGACCUUUUUGGAAAGAUCCAUGGCGCUCUCCAGGGGAAAUUUCAAGUAACUGGUACAAGCAGAGACAAAGAGACCCACGAUCUAUGCGUUGCACUAAGUUUUGCACAACGAGAUUUUGCAAUAGAAUUUCCAGCUAAUUUUCCUGAUGGUGAGGCCACAUUGAGUAUUGGAAACGAAGAUUUUCCGAUCUCUUUGAGAAAACCAGUCAAGGAAAAAGGAAACUUUAACGAUUCGAAAUCUGGUGAAAAGGAAGAUGACAAGGCAGAUCGUGCAGAUGAUGUAGCAUCUGACGAUAACCGAUCUAAAGAGGCUGCAUCAGAGCAAAGUCAGCGGCCUGGGAAGCAUCCGGAUGAUAACGAAAUUGCACAGCUGUUAGUCCAAGGAAUACUAAAAAUAAUUCAGCCAAAGAAUAAGGAGAAAGGAUCCUCGGUCUAAAAUGGAAAGGAAGCACAGUCAUGUCAUUUGUGAUAGUUUUCAGUUUUAUUUUUGCGACAGGAAAUAUUAUAAAUUUCUCUCCUUUUGUAUGAGUUUUCUCGUUCAUCUACUGCCUAGAAUAAUCACGAACAAAAGAUUGUAUUCUCUUGUCAUGAUCAAUAAACCCUAUUUCACACUAACGUAUAAUGUAUCCGAUGUGGUGGGCACGCUUACAGCGGUAUGAAUAAGGGGUGUCGAUUUCCGUAAUCUGUUUUUGUUUAAUGAACACUGAUAACCGAUAGAAGUUUGACAGUUAAAUUUUGGUCAAGUUUCAGCAACAACUGUUGAUAUACUGGUAGUCCUGAAAAAAAAAUUUUAGACACAAUAUAAUUGUUCUUAAGAUCUAUUACAACAAACAAUCUCACGAGACGCCAGAGAAUGUAAACUAGCCAAGAAUUUUAACAACUUGAAGUGUAAUCCGCCAAAAUCAAUCGAGAACACACGAAAACAAUACAAUCAAGAAUGUAAUCAGCUAAUGCUUUACAACACAGCUCUCUUCCAGCAUAAACUGCAACGCUAAAGGAUUAUGGGUAAUGUCAUCAAAAGUCUACAUUUUGAAUCAUUAAAUAUAUUCCUUCAA